AUGCACUUACUUAAAUCACUUAAACAAUCAAAUUCAGACAUUCGAAUACUAUGGAGUUCAGUAUUCUUUCGUAUGGCCAGUUAUGGCCUCACUAAUCAAGUAUUGACUCUUUAUCUACGAUCCAUCAAUAUAUCCGAGCAAAAUAUUGGAAUAUUCAUGACAUUGACCUUGGUAGGGGAUACAAUAAUUUCAUAUUUCUUAACCUGGAAUGCGGAUAAGAUUGGUCGAAGAGUAGUUAUGGUUAUAGGGACUAUUAUGAUGUUUUUAUCUGGGAUUGUAUUUGCUUCCUUUUCAAAUUUUUAUGUGCUAUUAUUUGCGGCAAUUGUGGGAGUGAUUUCUCCUUCUGGAGACGAGACUGGACCAUUCAAAUCUGUAGAGGAAGCUUCAAUUGCACAUUUGACGCCUCACAAUCAUCGGCCGGAGAUUUUUGCCUUUCAUGGGUUGUUUGCAACUGCGGGAGCCGCAUUGGGUUCCUUGAUUUGUGGGGUUUUGGUGGAUUAUAUGAAUCAUUAUUUGAAAUAUGAGUUGGAGACUUGCUAUAGAUACAUGUUCAUUAUAUAUUCAGGAUUUUCAUUGAUCAAGUUGGUAUUGAUGAUGUUUUUGAGCAAUAAAUGUGAAAUUUAUGUUGUUAAUUUCAUCGAAGAAAGUGAAAGUGACGCAACUGAAGACUCUCCUUUGUUGACCAAUGAAAACAACCACCAUCAAGAUGAAGAAAUCAACACCAAGUCUUUCUUAUCGGCCACAUCCAGAUAUUACCUUCCAAGAUUAUUGGUUAUAUUCAUGCUCGACUCUUUCGGAUAUGGAUUCAUGCCAUCAGCAUGGGUGGUCUACUACUUGAAAAUAACCUUCAAACUUACGGCAAGUGCAAUGGGGUUCUUGUUCUUCUUGACAAACUCAGUAAAUGCAAUUUCCUCAGUUCCUUCAGCAUUUUUUGCUAAAUUAUUAGGACCAGUAAAGGCCAUGCUUAUCACCCAGGUACCUUCUGCAUUUUUCUUUGGGGCAGUUCCAUUUUGUAGUCAUUAUAUGCCAGUGGCAGUUUUGCUAUUGUUUUACUACACUACUACAUCAAUGGAUGUGGUUCCUCGACAAGUACUCUUAACUUCAAUUAUGCCAAGGGAAGAAAUAACUAAAGUGAUGGGAAUAGUCAAUAUCGGAAAGACAUUUGCCAGAUGUAUUGGACCAGUAUUCACAGGGAAGCUUGCAACACAUGGCAUGCUAUAUGUUGGGUUCUUCAUUAAUUCGGGAUGUGUAAUACUAGCCGAUAUACUUUUGGCAUCGAACUUCUUACACUUAGACCAAGAGAUUCUAUCCAAGCAAGCUAUUGAACAUGACAUUUAG